CAUGUGAACUUAUGAAUCAAGGUAUCUUGGCCCUGGUCAGCUCCAUUGGCUGCACGUCAGCAGGAUCCCUCCAGUCUUUGGCAGAUGCCAUGCAUAUCCCCCAUCUCUUCAUUCAGCGGUCAACAGCUGGGACCCCAAGAAGUGGCUGUGGACUCACCCGCAGCAACAGGAAUGACGACUACACUCUCUCGGUUCGCCCACCUGUCUACUUGAAUGACGUUAUCCUAAGAGUGGUCACAGAGUAUGCCUGGCAGAAAUUCAUUAUAUUCUAUGAUAGUGAAUAUGAUAUCCGUGGAAUACAGGAGUUUUUGGACAAAGUAUCCCAGCAGGGGAUGGAUGUUGCACUUCAGAAAGUAGAAAACAACAUCAAUAAAAUGAUCACCACUCUCUUUGAUACCAUGAGAAUAGAAGAAUUGAAUCGCUAUCGAGACACUCUUAGGCGUGCCAUCCUUGUUAUGAAUCCAGCCAUGGCCAAGUCCUUCAUUACUGAG